UAAUAAUUUUUUAUAAUGAGAUGUAAUAAUAUGUAGUUUCAGAGAUUGUUCUCACCAAAGCAACUUGCAACCGCAACUUGAUUGCAACGCAACUGCAACGCAACGGAGCACAAACAAAUUAACGAACAUGUUCCCACUGGUUGCAACUCGACCGAAAAGCGAUCAAACUUGCAUGAAACUUAAUUGCAAUCGAUUGAAAGCAACUCGACAUGCACGGAUUUUUCUCCAGUUGCGUAUUAGUUACCACCGUACGAUCAUUUAUUUGUUUUUAAAAAUACACAUAUUUUUAAUAUUUGUAUUAUGACUAAUGAGCAAGAGAGAAACAUUUUUUUUGUUCAACAAAUCGAGCAACAUUCAUGUCUGUAUGAUAUAAGAUCUCCAAGUUAUACCAGGACGGAUAAAAAAGAAAGAGCUUGGGAAGAUAUAGCUAAACAAACUAAUGAAUCUGUUGCGACUUGUAAGGAAAAAUGGAGAAAUUUAAGGACCGUGUUUCUACGUCAUUUAAGAAAAAAAACACCAAGUGGAUCGCAAGCUGACUUUUCGAAAAAAUAUUAUUUGUACGAUGCUAUGCAAUUCCUUAUGCCAUUCAUUAAAAGCGGAAGACAACAAAAAGGUAAUUUAACAGCUCCACAACCCGAAACAGAAAUGUCGCCAAUGUCAGAUGUGAAUAUUUUUGAUGAUGUAACUGAAGAUGAAUUUCCAAACAGUAACCAUACAGUUAAUUCAGAACCUGUUCUCGAUCAAUCAACUUCUCAACCGACUCAACCUAUACAUAACAAAAUGUUGAGUAAUAUUGGCCAUCAAAAAAGUAACAAAAAAAAAACAACUAAUGAAAUUGAUGUGGACAGAUGUUUCAUCGAUUAUUUCAAAAACAAGAAACAUAAACCAAACGAUAGUGCCGAUGAAAAGUUUUUAUUAAGUCUAUUACCAGAUGUACAACAAAUGAGUCAAACACAAAAAAGGAGAUUUAAGAGGGAAGUGUUGGCUGUGAUUGAUUCAAUUUUGGAAGAACCAACUACAUCCACGCCAUCUACAUCAGAUACAGGAAAUACUUAUUCUUCGGAAACUGACAAUUCAACACUACAAACACCAAAUCACACUGUGGAUUCAUAUAAGGAUAACGAAUUUGAUUUUUAUUAUUAAAUUAAGUAUUUAGUUAAGUAUUU